AGUGAAAACUCACAUUUGGGAGUAAUUUAAGGAAUAAAACUCAGACUGGAGUUGUUGUGUUUUUUUCUUUUCUUUUUUAAGGAGCAGGAGGAGGAAGAGGAGGUGUUUUGGUAGUGGGUGUAGCCGAGCAGGGGUUAAUAAUCCCUCAUUUCUCGUGCAACCUCGGUGGCAGCACUCCGCGAAGUUUCCAGUUAUGCACGAACACAAGUCAGGAGCUGCUUUCUCCAGAAACCUCAGCAGGACUCUCUGACUCCACUUCACUCCACGCUGUUUGUUGUCGUUGCUGCCAUCUUUUUGUUGCACGCACCUGACGGAUGUUUAACUCUUUCGAGAACUUUUUAUUUUUAUUUUUAUUUUAUUUUUAAAUUAUUUUGUGCUUUUUUCUUAUUGGAGACGUUUAGCUGAGGUGAGGGAGGGGGAAGAACCUGCGUGUAAAAUGUGAGGUAUGUGCACAGCGUCAGUCCGUGACAACGUGAGACCAACUGGUGGCUGAAAUACUUCACCACAUUGGAGCCUAAAAAAAAAAAAAAAAAAACUGAAUUAUUAAUGGACAUGAUGAACCUCAAAGUUCAGUGCAUUUUAGUUUUCUUCACUUUUUAUGUGCAAGAGGGAUUAUCAAGAGAUUAUGAAGCAAACCUUGGAGCAAAUUUACUUUUACAGAGAGUAAAACGUCAAAGCAAACCAACAAAACCAGUGCUGAAGGUGACAGACUACCAUGUGAGGUGUUCGGUGGUGUCCCGCUAUGCUGUUACAACAGUCCAGAGCUCAGUAUGGAACCAGCUCCCCAUCACCAAGGAGGCCGCCUUUGAGGUGGACCUGCCCUCCUCUGCUUUCAUCUCCAACUUCACCAUAACCUCCAAUGGCAAGGUGUAUGUGGCCCAGGUGAAGGAAAGAGCUGCUGCACGGAAAAUUUAUGAUGCCGCUAAGAAGCAAGGAAAAACAGCCGGGCUUGUUGCUACCAAAGAGAGGGAGAUCGAGAAGUUUCGGGUGGCGGUCAGCGUACCGUCGGGAGCACGGGUGUUCUUCUCCCUGUCCUACGAGGAGCUGUUACCUCGUCGACUCGGUCGCUAUGAGCUCAGUCUGGGUCUGAGGCCCGGACAGCCUGUGCAGAACCUCACAUUAGAUGUCAGUAUAACAGAGCGCACCGGCAUCAGUUUCAUCAAAGUUCUUCCUCUCAGGACAAGCAGACUGCUCUCCAACACUGCUCAAGGUGAUACAGACGCCCCUGCCUCCACUCAUGUUGAGCGGGGCGCUAGCUGUGCCCGAGUUCGCUACAGUCCCACUUUACAGCAGCAGAACAGCAUCUCCUCCAAAGGUCUCGACGCAGACUUCAUUAUUCAGUAUGACGUGGAUCUGAGAGACCUCAUGGGCGAAAUCCAGGUGUAUGAUGGCUACUUUGUGCAUUACUUUGCACCCAGAGGACUUCCAGUGGUUCCUAAGGAUGUUAUAUUUGUCAUUGAUGUCAGUGGCUCAAUGAUAGGCACCAAGAUAAAACAGACCAAGCAGGCGAUGGGCACCAUUCUUGGGGACCUCAGAGAGGGAGACCACUUCAAUAUCAUCACCUUCUCCGACAAGGUUCACACUUGGAAGAAAGGACGAACUGUGAGAGCAACUCGGCAGAAUGUACGAGACGCCAAAGACUUUGUGAAAAGGAUUAUUGCCGAAGGAUGGACCAACAUCAAUGCAGCUCUGCUCUCAGCUGCCCAGCUCGUCAACCCGUCAACCUCUGCCUCUUCCAAUGUCGUCUCAUCCCGUCGCGUUCCCCUGGUAAUCUUCCUUACUGAUGGGGAGGCAACCAUCGGUGUAACAGCAGGCGACACCAUCCUUAGCAAUGCCAAGAAGUCUCUGGGCUCUGCCUCUCUGUUUGGCCUUGCCUUUGGAGAUGAUGCAGACUUCCCCCUGUUGAAACGUCUGGCACUGGAUAACCGAGGUGUGGCCAGGAUGGUGUAUGAGGACGCAGAUGCAGCUUUGCAGCUGAAGGGCUUUUAUGAUGAAGUUGCCAGCCCUUUGCUAUCAGACAUCCAGCUGUCGUACCUGGAUGAUCAGGCGUUUGACAUCACCCGCUCCCUGUUCCCAAACUACUUCCAAGGCUCUGAGUUGGUGGUUGCUGGGAAGGUCAAACCAGGGAUCAAGGAUUUAAAGGUGUCAGUGUCCGCCACUGAUUCAAAGCAACGCGUCAAGUUGGAGAACGAUGUGCUGAUUUCCCAAGCAGAGGGGAACAAGAGUGACGAUUCACUUGGCUGUUCGGCAGGCUUAGAAGGAAUCUCCAGCUUUGUGCACCGUCUCUGGGCGUAUUUCACCAUCAAAGAGCUGCUACUGGCCAAACUGAACGCUACUGACGCUGCGACGCAAAGGUUACUGGCAGACAAGGCCACCAACCUAUCCCUGAAAUAUAACUUUGUAACACCAGUCACUUCUUUAGUUGUAGUUAAGCCAGAUGCAGAUGAAGCCGCUCAUACUCCAACCACUACACAACCCACCGCCGCAGCCACUAUAACCACGACAGCCACGACCACCACCACCACCACCACCACCAAAAUAUCACCUAUUGGUGCUGCAAAGAAGCCCAGUUCUCCUUCUAACAGCAAGCCUAGCAAAACAAAACCAGGCCCUCCUCAGCCACCUCAGGUUACACCGCAGACGAAAAAAACGUCCACAGUAAAAACAGUUUCAUCGUCCAAGAAAACCACAUCAACCACAAUAAGUCCCAGCUCUGUCAAAACUGCUCCAGCACCAUUCCUUGGUAAAAAGCCCACUCCUUCCCAGAAUGAAUCCAAAACUGCCUCUCCUCCUCCUGCUGGUAAGAUACCCACAUCUCUGCUCAAUGCUCUGAAAACAGCAUCUCCCCCUGCACCUGGAAAAGUCUCCACCCCGCAGCCAAACACCUUGAAAACAACCACUCCCUCAACAAACACCACAGUGUUAACAUUUACCACCAGCACUCCACUUCCACUGAGCUCAGUAAAAACUGACCCUGCACCCCUGCCUGUAAGACCCCAUACCCCUCAGCCCAGCACGGUGAAGACAACCCUCCCUUCUGCCAAAGCGACCGCCUCUACAGAGGCAGAAAACGGCACCACAUCUGCUCCAGAUGUUCCUCCACCUGAAGUCACCACCACUCCGCACGAGCUGCCGUCUCCGCUCACCUCUCCCACCCCGGCGCCGGCUCCUACUGCCGAAGACAACAACACAAACUCGGAGACGGAUCUGAGCAUCGCCACCUUUUUGUCGGCGACUUUUGCUCCCAUGCCUGGCGUAACAGAUGGGCCACGGCUUUGGGAAGCAGCAGGCCUUCUGGAUGUCUCUACUUUCAUUCAGAGAAAAGAUAUCGACCUUGUGAAAGACUAUGACGCAACCUAUGACUAUGACUACGAUCUCAGCUAUGAUGCCUGGGAUGACACUGCAGACACAGAGUCAUUUGAACCUCUGUCCAGACUGAGCACCGUCCGGGUCUUCUCCUCAUCAGUUGAUGGAGAUCCUCAUUUUUUGGUCCAGCUGCCAAAGCUGCAUCAGAACUUGUGUUUCACAGUCGACGGCAGGGCUAAUGAUGUUCUUAGACUUUUAGAGGACCCAGAGAGAGGGAUCAUUGUCGAUGGCCAUCUGAUGGGGGCUCCUUCCAAGCACGGUGCAGAAGAUCGACCCCGAACCUACUUCGACCAGCUCACCGUUUCUUCAGCCACGGGCGGCUCUGGUGACAUCACGAUCACCCUCACGUUGGACGCUGUAGUGGUGGAAGGGGAAGGUCGGGAUAUCCUCCCCAUCAAUCAGCAGGGAUCUGUGAGGAGGCAGGGUGUGACGGUUACCGUGGACAACCAUCGGAGCUGCUGGAUCGAGCUGGCCAAGGAUGUGCGGUUCCUGGUCCUGUUCCACCACUACAAACAUCCCAGUUACCUGCAGCUGGCUCACCUGGGGUUCUACAUCACAGACGGACGGGGGUUGUCUGCUUCAACUCAAGGACUACUGGGCCAGUUUCAGCAUGUCGACAUGAGCGUAACUGCGGUGAAGGAUUAUGUGGACGGAGGCGCUCACAGGGAGGCUGUUUCAGCCAGAGGGAUCCUGAGGUGGGGAUCAGAGCACAUGCCAGUCACCUUGCAAGACAAGACGCUGAAAGACACGGUGCGUAAACGCCACACAGGCAAGUGCUGGGUGGUGCCCAAGGCAGAGAUAGAGAGACUACUGGGUCAUCCAUACGAGAGCUACGUGGUGGAUCGUGUGUAAUUCUAGCCGAGUCAGCCAGCUCCACCUUGUUGCCCUCUCUGCCGCACAGCUCAGGUCACAGGCAAUUAUGUGGUUAUUGGACAAAGGAUGAGCAAGAACUGGGACUCCGUGAGGCUAAAAUGACAUGUUGGUUACAGUCUGUGAAUGUGUCUAAUAUUCAGGGUCGAUUACAGGGAGGGGGGAAGAGGCAGUGACAGACAGACAGAAAGAGAAAGCUGCAUGUAAAGGAGCAAUGAAGACGUACAGUUUGACAGAUACAGUGACGGGCUGAAUGAUGCUGCUGUUCUCUCCAUUAAUGAAACUGAAUUGGAUUCAAGCUCUGUGCUCUUUAUCUGUGACAGAGACGCAAUGUUCUCCUGUUCGCAUGGCAACCGCAACAACAUGUCCAUUUUGUGCUGCAGCAGUUAAACGCUCGCUCCGAAAAUGUCUCGCAAAAAAAAACAAAAAACGAAAUCUGUUCAGAAGUUCGAAGAUAUUUAUCAGAUUAUUCGUAUGUAUUUCGUCGUGAAAUUAUAGAUUCUUCUACUUCAGAAUCAUCUGUAAUUAUUAAAACUGUAUCACUCUGUAAGUUGUAUUUUUUUAGUACAAGUGUAUAUAAAAUAUUAUUGUAUGUAUGUAUAGAUAAUCUACAGCUUCAAAAAGAAAAACAAAAUCAGGGUCUUUCCAGGUUUGCCAUGUGCUUUUUAUUUUUCUAUCAUUUCAUUCAUAGUUUAAUUCAUUUUAUUUGUUACACAAGACAUUAGGCAUUGUUCACGUACUAGUGAUCAAACAAGGACAGUAAGUUUUCUACUACUCAGCCUAUUUCUUUUUGUCAAUUUCAAAAGGGAUAUUGUCAAUAGUGGUUUUACCGAAGGCCAAACUGUAUGGAAAUUAAAACAGUACAACCACACAUGAGGCUUUUUGUUUUCAAUAAAUAAAAAAAAAAGAUAAGAGAGAGAGAGAGAGAGAACAGUAUUUGAUGUUGGGGAAGGGCAGGAGAGUAAAUAUAUCUAUGUUCAAAGAGUAGACAGUAUUCCAGUUUUAAUCAGGUAACAUGUUUCCAGGAUGAA